UUGUGGGUAAUUCCUCGCGGUGGAUCAGCUGAUCCUCGUACGCAUGUUUGGCAGGAGCGCGCGGUUGCUUUGGACUGGGGCUGUGCCCGCGUGCGAUGCUUAUUCACGCACUGUAUAACGCAAAGCCGGUUAUAGUUCUGUCAUUUUAGCUUUUAUGCGUGAUUUAUGGAGUGUGAAGUGUCCACAUUGCUUCAGGAGUUAGCUAACAAACAAACCAACCCGAAAACCAACCCGAAAACAAACCAGGCACGUGCGAGCAGCCGGGUGUGAAACGGACAUGUCGUGACUUUGUUGUCGGGAAGCACAUGGAUUAUAAAUUCCCAGCUCAGCUUUUCCCCCAUUUUUAUCUGAACUCGCUUCCAAAUUUAGACUCCAAGCAUGAUUAUGGAGGCUGGGGCUCGUAUGGACAGCUGCUGGAGACAACCAGGGCACCCUUUCAGAGUGGUGUCGAGGGAGAGACUCCGUUCCUGUUUCAGCCCCAGCAUAAGGUGGAUGGCGAGGUGUGGGUCCCUACCGAGCCGAUCGUAACACCGCUUCUCCCUCCCAACCGAGAUACUAAAUCAUUCUGGGGUCAGCCUGUCAGUCCAGACGACUUCCCUGAACAUAUGAAGUAUUUCUAUUUGCAUCACUGCAUGGAUUCAUUCUCUGCGAUGGGCCAGCUGCUCGGAGAACACUUCAGUUUUGGCAGCAAACGUCAUAAGGAUGCCACCAGUAUGGGUAAGAUGAAGGACUUUCUACGCAACUUAAAUUAUAAGAAGUGCGAGUUGCAAUAUUCGCACAGGGUGAGCCGCUAUCACCACCUUCUGGGUGACAUUAUCCCCGAUGUUCCAUCCUCUCUCCUGGCUGAGCUUCUACAUGAGGAAUUGAUCCAUCAGAAGGAAUUGGAACACUUCCAACCUGCCACAACUGGGGGCGCCCUGACCUACAUCCCAAAUCUUGAAUGUCAGAAUGAAGCCUUUCUUAUUUAUCCCAGUGGAGAAGCACUAAACUCCAUCAAUUUCCACCCUGUGGAGCUGGAAUUCAGUGAAGAUAAGCCUCCGGUUGUGAAUGUGGCAGACAAACCUCUGGUGUUCAAUCUGGAUGGAACAGUCAGGCAGGCCAGCGUGGCCCAGAUAGAUGAUGAAGCUUAUCUAGGCUUACGUUCAGAUCAUUUCUGCGCAGCGUGGGUAAUGAAAGCCACUAACCGUCCUCGUCCAUUAGAGGUGGUGCAAUUGAAGGAGCAAGCCACCAGCCUCAAUGUCAGUCCUCAUGUUUCUGGAGAGCUUGUUGUAGCCAGUGAGAGUGGAGCAGCCUAUCUCUGGAUUGUGGGAAAGGGGCUGCAAAAGAUCCGAGAUGAGAAAACAAACCUAUACUUCAAUGCCAAGUCACCGUGGCGAUGGUGUGAGUUCACGGCUCAUCCGCGAGUGAUGGUUUACGCUGACAGGACUGGAGCAGAGCUUACAGACAUCAGAAGCAGUGAUUGUCGCACGUUGUUCCGGAUCGGUGGAACGGCUGCUUGUAAGAGUGGAGAGAGGGUGGUCUUGGGCAAAUACCUCGCACAAAGCCACAGCUUCCACCACCUUAUCACCACACAGUUCUCUGCGUACCUCCUGGAUGAGCGAAUGCCUUGUGUGCCUGCCCUGAAAUGGGAGCACAUGAUGGAGUCGCCUCCAUGUUUUGCCCAUGUUGUGCCAGCUUUGGGCCAAAGCAACACCUCCAAAAUCCUCCUGGGAGCACAGAAAGCGCAGGAGACCAUGUUGCUGCAGUACUCUGGUGGAAGAGAAUGGGCAUGCCAAGCAGACGGCCCAAUUCAGAAACUCUACAGUCCGCGUGAGAGUCUGAAGAUUCGGCAGCUCCCACACAGGCAGCACAAAGCAGAAGCGAGGCUGGCCACACACGCCGCAGGCCUGACUGCAACUCAGAACAAUGGCUUCCUGUGUGUGCUCCAGCUCACAGAGACUGGGGACAUUUUCUACCAGAUACUGAGACAUUUCAACCCAACCAAUUCCGAGCCACUUCAAUCAGACUUAGUAGAACCAGCAUCUAAUACAGACUCUGCACAACAACCCCAAGUUUCUUUAGAAGAAGACAGUGACUUUGAAAGAGAGCGACAUCAGCGUAUGCUGAGCCAAGUAGAAGUGGUUGUCAAUGACAGUGAUCUUGAGGGUGGCUCUCAUACUACUGAUGAGAAUCAGGUGAGAAUCCCUACAGAAGAAAGGAUUAACUCUGAGCCUGUUGUUGUUCUGGAGUCAUCCACACGUUCUGCUAAGAGUAACUGUGCUCCACCACUGAGGCCAGCGAUCCCCAAAAUGGCUAGCCGUGAGUUAAAAUUAAUCUGGAAAAAAUGGCUGGAAUCCCUCUUGACGAAAGCUGUAGGAAGAAAACGUCAUUUGAAGCACAGGAAAAUAAAGACCAGUGCUAUAAUGCAGUGUAAAAUCGAACAGAGAGACAAGCUUGAGGAGGACAAGUUUCAGAGACUGAGGAAAGACCAGGCAGAGAUCUUAAAGGCCAGGAAGCUGCUUGUUCACGGGGUAACAUACCUGCCUUCGCUAGAAGUGACCCCAGUUCCAGAUGGGGUGGAUACUGACGACUGGCCCGAUGAUCUCAGUCAGCGCAUAAGUGCCUCAUGGAGGGACGGUUGGGGUAACUGGUGGGACGAAAAACUCGGUCUCAACCGGGACGCCAAGAUUGAGGCCCUGCGAAGGAAGCGGCAUCAGGCAAAGAGAGCCAAAGCCAGAAAUAGAUUCGCACUUUCUUCAAGCUUCACCUCAUCCAUCAGCUACCAGGACGAUCUUUCUGGAUGGUCAUCAGCCACAAGUCAGUAUCUGGGUUCAGAUGCGGAGAGCAUUUAUAACUCUCAGAGUGCACCUGAGGAUGGGGCCAUUUCUGACCUGGCUAUACUAGCUAAGAGCACAUUUUUUCACGGAGAGAGUCAGAACACGGAAGGGUGUUCAGAUGUGACAGAACCAAUUAAACCUUUUUUGAAAAGCCCUCAAAAAACAGCAAAAAACUCUGAGCAGGACAAAGCCAUUGGUACUGCUCAAUCCCCUCCAAUGGACAUCCAGCAACUGCCAAGCCAGGCCUCCACCAUGGAAAGCAACUCUGGACUUUUUUCUUCCUCAGUGGCCAGUUUGAAAGAGUCACGUUCUGACCAUCCAAAACCAAGAUGGUGGCAGCAGGACUACUGCAGUUCCCUCUUUGGCUCUUCUCAAGAAUUUGCACAGAAUGAUGAGGUCACAACAUCAGCUGGUUUGAUAACUAGCAGAUCGCAACCUUGCAGUUUUCUGUCGCCAUCACGGGCUGUAUUGAGGACCUCUUCACAGGCCUCCCAACCUCAGAAAAAGAAGUCCCGAAUGGGAUUCUAAAUUGGUCCACUGUGUACCUCUCAGUCCAGCCGUCUUCGGGGAUCGUGGGCAGCUCUGGUGCGCCGCAGUAGCUGCUGUGCAGGUUCUGGGCCGUACGCCGGGACACAAUCCACACCAGCUUCCUGUGAUUGGGUUUGGAGCAUGUAGGCGAGGAGUACUGCACCAGGCACUGGGCCACCAGACCUCUCCAGAGCUGUAGCUCCGUCUCUGAGAUCUGCACAUACACAUACAAUGGCAGUUACAUAACACAUAGACACUCUGGGUGUAGUGUGCUGAUAGCUGAGGGUCAGGCUGUUACUGAGCAUGCCUGGAAUUCUUUAUCUCUCAAAGAAAGCAGGACAGAUUUGUUUAGAGACAAAUAGAGUUUACAUCACCACUGAGGGCAAAUGUUAACAUACGCCCUACUUUUUUUUUUUUUCCUCCACUCGGGCACCAAAGGCACUGAAGACUCAUUUUUUAGUUUUAUAUCAUGGUGAUAUGACCAUGGCUAAUGUCUAAGGACAUGUUCUUGUAGUUAACAAAUUUGCUGUCCAAAAUAAACUGACCAAAUAUUUGAUAUAAUUUUA